UUCCAUAAAAAAUAAUCAUCACAACAAUCUUAGAAAUAAAGCCACAUACACAAACCCUUAUAUAAAUACACCAUAACCAACCACCAUAUAUAGCUAGACAUGGUGAAAUCAGCCAUGGCUAGUGUUGAUUCUUCUUCUUGUAACAAUGAUUCAUUUUCCUCUAACAACAACAUUGAUAGCUGUAAGAUGUUCAAAGGGGUGAGGAAGAGAAAAUGGGGCAAAUGGGUGUCCGAAAUUCGGCUUCCCAACAGCCGCGAGCGCAUAUGGUUGGGGUCGUAUGACACCCAAGUGAAGGCUGCCAGGGCAUUUGAUGCCGCGCUUUAUUGCCUACGUGGUCAAAGCGCGACAUUCAAUUUCCCUGACACGCCUCGACACUUGGAAACCAACAUGGUAUUGUCACGUGACAAACAGCCGCAACCUCUAUCCCACCAAGAAAUUCAAGAGGUAGCCGUGAAGUUCGCGAACAACGACGACCACCCUUUGGAGGAGGAGGAGUGUGCUUUCCAAAAACAAGAACAAGAACGCUCGUUAGAGGAGUCACAAAGUGAUGAGUCUAAAUCCGGCAAUACAAUAAUGGAGAUGAGCAACUUCCCUAGUAUUUAUGAUGGUGAGACUCAUAAUAACAAUGUGCAAGUGGACCAAUUAAAAGGGGAUUGGGACACCAUGGAUUGGACAUUUUUGAACAUGUUGGAUGACUUGAAUGGCUCGGAUUUUGGCCUCUAUGUGGGGCUAGACAAGAUGCACCCGAGUGAAUUUUUGUGUCCCAUGACUCAAGCUCCACUACUUUAUCAUGGAGAUGAUGAAAUUGAAGGUGAUGAUGAUCAUGAUGCUUUUUCUAACCAUUCCUUGCUUUGGAGUUGGAACUUUUGAUUCACCUGCAAGCUAGCUUCCCUCUACUUUGCAUUAGUUUCAACCAGUAAUUAAUAAUUACUAGCAACCAAGCCUCUCUAUUAUGUUUUUUUUGUAGCCAUUUAUACAUGGCUGUUUCUCAAUUAUAAUAGUUAGGCUAUGACUAGAGUUUAUGUGACCAUAAAAAUAAAAAAUAAAAAACAUACACGUACCAUGCCAUAUAUAAUUAAAUAAUAUAG